AUGUCCCCAGGCUCCACCAGUUAUCCAACUGAUGUCGGCGGCCGAUACAAUGGCGGACCAACUUCUAACGAUCAAUACGGCGCCCCUGCAGGGGGCUUUACAAGCCAAAUGCCUCCAGGCAACGGGCCCGCAGGCUCCACCAGUUAUCCAGCUGAUGUCGGUGGCCGAUACAAUGGCGGACCAACUUCUAACAAGCCAUACGAUCCAUACCAGGCCGAACUCGACCCCAAAGACCCCCCCAAGAGCGUGCUAAAGCGCGAGCAAAGAAAGUCGGAUUUGCUGUUGCUGUGGCUUGUAUCGAAGGUCCCUCUCUGGCACUACAUGCGGCUUUGGCAACACAUCAACUCUGUAGUGAAAGGAGAAGGAACAGGAAAGAGCAAAAAGAGCAGGAGAGACAAGAGAGGAAACAAAAUGCUGGCAUGGGUGGCCGCUAGCUUUUGGGAAAAGGCUGAAGAUUUCGGUGAUAAUGCUAGAAAUAUUUGCGCCUGCGGACUAGCCGUUACUAUGGCUGUCCCGCUUGCUAUAGCCGGCAACUGUUUCGCACGUUGUGGCUUUGAACCAGGAUCCCCAAGAAACAUGUUGGGACGGUGUGUGGAGAAAGGAGCCAAGGCUUGCUGGGGGAUAUACAACCGCGAGCGCGAGUAUACAGCCCGGAAACAAGCCAAGAAACUAGGCCAGGACCAAACUGGGGAGCAAAGAGAGAACCGACCACAGGGCGGGCAAGCGGGUGGUAGCAGGGUUCCUCAUCAUGCGCCUGACAAUGGGCCUACCCGGGGCCCCAACUAG